ACUCGAUCAACAUUAAACGUUAUCGUGCAUAAGUAUGGCUGUGAUCGCAAUUAUCUCCUUCACUGCUUUCGCUGCUACGGACACCACCGUCGAAACGCUAAACCAAACCCUCAAGGCUUCUGAUGGAACAACCCGUUUCGUCAUCGGCUCAAAAGUUCAGGAGCCAAACACCAUCCAAAUUACCUCUGAGUGGCCCUCCAUCCGCUGCCCCACCGACCUGACAACAUCACCAGCGUUCGUAUCCUUCACGGACGCUAUACGCAGCGCUACUUCAUCUACACUCACCACCAUAUUGACCACCCUCGAUAAGUCCCCUUUCGCAAAUGGCGCAGCUCCAAUCGUGGAGUACGUCAAAUCUGACUUCCUAGCCAAGGACGUGACGCCCGAUUUCGAGAGGAACAUCGAGGAUGAUUUUGCUAGAUUUGAGACUAUCUAUCGGAAGAGGGGGACCAUUAAAGAGACAGGGGAAGUCGGUCUGGCAACGGGGUGGGUGGAGGAGCAAGAUGGGAUGAGGAGUUUCCUGGUGGUGAGAGGGUGGACGGCGAUGGAGAGGUUUGAGGAGUCGCUCCAGACGGAGGUCUUUAAAGAGUGCAUUCCGAUCUUGAUGAGCUGGAGUGCGCCUUUCAAGAUGUGGCAUGUCGAAAGGAAGGUUGUGAGCGAAGGAUCGUGAACCACUCCAGCUGACCUGAUAAAAAAAAUCAACCCCUGAAGUCUC